AUGGAUCCCGGUAAUGUAUAUUAUACUCUAGCAUCGCAUGGCUGUAUGUAGUUUCGAAGGAAGAAACGCUAACGUGUUGUGGGUCUUCCUUCGUUUCUAUAGCCGUGACUAGGUAAGCCAUUCGCGUUCGAUAGAGUAUCAUGUUACAUGUUCUGGUGUGGUACUCGCAACCGCGAAACAGAAAACCGGUUCGCGAUAUGUAUGCUGCACUGAUGUCGAACAGUAUGAAUCAUUCCUCGUCAUGAACCGCCGUGAAAGACUGCCGCUACUUUUCAAAGAUACUAAUUCAGAUUUGUCGCUUUUGUUUGCCACACUAUGCGUUGUUGAUAUUUUCGGCGUUUUCCCGAUCAUCGCAUUACCACGCUCGAUCGUGCAAUGCGGAUUGUACGGAAUUCCUCUGGUUCUUGUCAUAUUAGCUUUGGAAAUCUAUACGGCUGUUCUGCUUGGUAAAACAUGGAUUAUCGCAACCACUCUAGAUCCGCAAAUUUCAAGAAAAAAUCGAAAUCCUCUUGCGGCCGUAACAGAAUUGACCAUGGGUCCUCGUGCAAGGACUUUGGUCACUAUAAUCAUGGACCUUACAGUUUUCGGUUGCAGUAUACCUAACUUGCUGGUUGCUUCCCAGAAUUUGCAAAUUUUUGGACUAAAAAUUUCGGGGCAACGAUUUGACCUAUCUUUCUGCUAUUGGCUCCUAGUUGUGGGCGUUCUUUUAUGUCCAAUUAUGUGGCUUGGUAGUCCUCGUGAUAUGAAAAUAUUGGCUACAUUUUCCUGUACAACAGUUGUACUGACGGCGUUGUUAAUAUGGUGGUGUAUAAUUACCGAUAAUCGAGAACUUGAUGUUGCACCAGUACCUACAUCUCCCACCUGGGACAACUAUGGAAUGUUAGCCUUUCAAUUUGAUGUACAUCCAACAUUGAUGACUGUACAAGUGGAUAUGCGUCGCCCUCAAGACAUCAGUAAGGCAAUUGUAAUUUCCUUCUUAGUCAGUGGUUCAUUAUUUUUUAUUACUGCAAUCCUGGCUGUGUGGAAGUACGGAGGUAGUACAACAGCCAAUGUUCUGCUAGUAAUCCCAGAAAAUUUCACAGUGAGCGUUGCUGUUUUUUCCGCAGCUCUUCAAUUAUGUCUUUCUAGUGCUCUUGGUCACUCAGCUUUGUUCCAAGAUCUAGAAGAUCAAUGCAAUAUUAAAAGAAGUAAGAAAUCUCACUGUAAUAAGAAUUUAGGAAAUUAUGGUCCUAGAGAACCGGGUUUACACAAGACACGUACUUAUAUAACAGAUUUUGGAUGGAAGAGAUGCGUCAUAAGAUCAGCUAUUGUUUUUCUCGGAGUAGCUGUAGGAGAAUCUGUACCAAGAUUCGACAUCGUGAUGGCAUUGAUUGGAGGUUCCUUGACCGGUCCGUUGGUCUUCAUAUUGCCACCUUUGAUAUAUUCAAAAGUAGUCGCCUUGAAAGCAAGAUCCAUGCGGCCCUUAACUCCUGAAGUGUAUUCGGGCACUGAAAGGCGUCGCAGUAGCGGCGGUAUGUCCACCGAUCCAAGGAUUCAUUCGAGGUCGAUUUAUUAUGGUGUCCUGAGCCUGCCUACGCCCGAAUAUCAUCGAUAUUCAUACGUUUAUUACGAUGACGAGUUUGACGAAAUUACGGAUUAUGAAAAUGAUGCCAUACCUUGUAGAGAAACCACCGAAGAAUUUUUGAUGACAAAACGGAUUCGUGACAGCGGGCCGGUGUUCGUGGAUGCCAGUCAACCUUAUGGCAUCUACGAAAGAAUCGAAGUUCCUAAAGAAUUGGUUUCGAAACGAGCGAUUUGUUGCAACUGUCGAAAAUGGGCUGAUUGGCUUGGUUAUUUGAUCAUAAUUUUCGGCAUUGUCAUUACCAUAUCUUCGACGUAUAUCAAUAUUAAAAAUACUAUACGUUACGUACAAUUUACGCCCCCGUGUAUCGCGAACGUUACAAAGAUAGCACAAAAUCCUGCGUAA